UCAUUUUUAGACAUCGAAACUUUCGAUCCGUUGCGCUGCUUGCUGAGGCGCUUAGUCCGCCAUGAGCUUCUUCAGAGUCUUAGUUCCUUUGCUUGUUGUUCUUGCUGCCACAGAGGAGUGUCAGAAUUGCGAAGCCGAUGAGUUGGAACUUCUCCAAGCGAAGACUGAAGAGAAGUUCCCGGACUGGUCUGAGAUUUUGGGUGCUGGAAAAGAUGCCAUGACAUCAGGCGUUGGACAGGUGACAUCGAAGAGGGGUGAGGCGAUGACUAAGCUGAAUUCUGAGGUCAUGCAAGCUGAGGGUACGUUCAAUGCUUCCCUCGACAAGUUUAACGAAGCGGCUAGUGCAACAGCCACUGUGAGCCAGAACAUGACCAAGUUUAAGGCACUGAUCGAUGAGACGGUCAAACGCUACGCGCCGUUCUACGUUUCAGCCAUUGACCAGGUGGGUGAGGCAGUGAAAACCACCAAGGCUAUAGCCUCCAUGAUGGGUCAGGAGGAAUUGACGCAGAAGUUGGAAGAUUUGAACACCGCUGCGACGGAAAAGCUGCAUAAACUCGCGGACACCUCUGAGGCCUUGGCAUCAAAAGUGGCUGACACGAGCUCUGAGAAGUAUGGUGACAUCUUGGGUGAUGUGAGGGAGAAGCUGGGCUCGCUUGCUUCCACGGCAUCCAACUUCCGGAAGAAACUCAAUGAAAAUGUGGAGUCUUUGACCGGAGCCUUGCAGGGACCCUUGGAGAUCGCCCUUGGAGAAUCUGCCAAUGGCGAGAUCAUGAAGUUCAAGACACAGGUCCAAGCCACACUUUUGAAUAUGGAGAAGUUCACUGAGAUCGUGAAGAUUGGCCUGUCCACAGCUGCAGAUGGUGUCGACACCCAGCUGGCGGAAGCUAGUAAGAAGGGCUUUUUCCGCCGAAUCUUUGGCGGCCUAUUCCGCUAGAGCCACUAGUUGCAGCAGCUAACAACGUUGCUAGGACGCUAGUGUGACAGUAGCCGGACCUUAGCUGAGGAAUAAGAGUCGGUUCG